UUCAUAUAUUUGCUUUGAUAAAAUAUAUCUUUGAAACAAAAAUAUCCUUUAUCUCUUAGAAGCAUCAAAACAAGUGACUUUGAAUUUCUGUGAUCAACUAUGCCUGUGAAAUCUCUCUCACUUCGUUCCAAUCAGUUCCCAAGUUUUUCUGCAACUGAAAUUGGAACAAACCAAACAUGGGCACCCUUAAAAUCCUCAAAUUCUCUCAAUUUUUGUUCAAAGUCACGAUUUUUAUGUAUGAGCACUCAAAACUCUUCAAGGGUUGGUCCUAAUGAUGCAGUCAUAAUUGUGGAUCAUGGGUCACGUCGCAAAGAAUCAAAUCUCAUGCUUAAUGAAUUUGUGGAAAUGUUUAGACACAAAACUGGAUACCAGAUUGUGGAGCUUGCUCAUAUGGAACUAGCAGAACCAUCGAUUGGAGAUGCUUUUCAAUCUUGCGUUCAGCAAGGUGCACGCCGCGUUAUCAUCAGUCCCUUUUUCCUUUCUCCUGGAAGGCAUUGGAGUCAGGAUAUUCCUUCCUUGAGUGCAGCGGCAGCAAAGCAACACCCCGGUGUUUCAUACAUUGUAACUGCACCCCUUGGACUCCAUGAGCUACUUGUGGAUGUUGUGAAUGAUAGGAUCACUUAUUGCUUAAAGCAUGUAGCUGGAGAUGCAGAUGAGUGUUCAGUUUGUGCUGGGACUGGAAAAUGCAUACUCCAUCAAUGAUUUGUGAAACUCAACUGUUUCGGUGCCAUUCCUACAUGGUUGAUGAAGCCGAAUCCGAAAGCCCAAGAAAUAUACAUAAAUUUUGUUGCAUCGGUUUCGAAGCCAAUGAUUUCAAGAUGCAGAUGGAUUCUUGUAGAUAUACUUUUCUUCGAGUAAACUACCAAUUUCAUCUCUUAACUUAUUACCCUCUAUCUACUACGCCGUUUUCGUAGUAAACGAAAAUAAUUAGUCAUUUCUAACGUUUUGUCACACUGGUCCCGUUAGUCAUCGAUUAUAAAAACAUUAGGGACUAACGAGAUGGACGAACCUUAGAGAUGACUAAGUAUUUUCAUUUAAUAGAUGGCAUAGGAAAAAAUGUAAGUUUAGGAACGAAAUGUGUAGUUUAGUAAUUUCUCUUGUUUUUGACUUAUUUUUCAAAAAGGUUUAGUUUAGUGUAUCCAAUGUUGCCAAUGUCAAGGCCCCUUUUCAGAAUAUUCAAGAUGAAAUACUUAAUUUGAUUAGUUUAUUAGAGUUCUUUUAUUUGUAAGGUAAAUGGUAAUUACUUUUUUUUCUGUUUUGAAUGGAGGUAAAUGUUAAAUACA